AUGAACGGAACACGCAACUGUGCCAGACCGCUCAAGUGUCGACUGUGCUGGCGGCGCUUCAAGUACUCUGCCUGCAUGAAUGACCACAUGCGUUUGGACCACAAAGACACUAUCAUGCUCCUGGUGCAACUACGUCAGGCGCAAAGACGCGCUAAGGAGCAACUAGCAUUCCGGCAAAAGGUCGCCGAAAUCAUCGCCGCCAGUGUAGAGGCCAAGGAUGCCGUUAAAGAGCCCGUCCGAGUUUCUGUCAUUCGGCAAAAUCCGGUUGAUGUUUAA